CCUUGUUAUCCCUAAUCGGACUUUUCUCCGAGGCCGGUCUUGGACAAUAUUUUUGCAAAUCAUUUGUCUUUCAGAAAUCAUGGCUAAACUUUUCAGAGGAAAAUAAUAUAGUGAAUAUAAUAUACAAUAUUGCUAUUUACCUCCUCGGAGAUUGUUUUGGAAUCAAUGCUCUUUUACUGGCCCCAAUAUUCACCGAUUUGCUGGUUUUGGGCUCAGGUCAAAGCCCUGUGCAACGUACAAGUUUUACCUUGUGCAGUCUUGUGGUUUCCUGGUGCUAAGGGACUUUGGUGAAGUGAAGGGAGACGCUUCAUUUAGUCAUUAUUUUACCAGAAUCUUGUGGCCACUGAACGUGAUUAUAAAUGAUACGGGGAGCAUGGAUUUUCGCUAUCCACGGCAGGGCUUGGUCCCUUUCAAAUGCAGAAGAUAAAAUGCUAUUAAACAUGACAACAAUGUGACCAUUUCGAAAUGUCCCGGAGUUGUCAAUUAACUCAUGUGAUGAGAGAAAUUGUCUUCUUUGGAGAUUAAAUCAGAUUAGCAAACUCUGCGGCUGACACUUGGGUGUAAUUUGUUUAUCUGACAAGGCUAAUCUACUUAUUUGCUCAUGAAAGCGCAGUGCCUAUUACGCAAUAAUGAUUUCCUCUUUCCUUCCAUGCAGCGACUGACGACUGUCAUCCUGCAGGAGGCCGCCCAGCAUCUGUUAUCCGGAACAUGUCCAACAGCGACCACAAGAGAAUGGAGUUUUUCCGAAACUUCCUGAAUGGCUGCGGCGCGGACAUGUCGUGCAACUCUUCGCACUUUCUAAUGCAUAACGACACGGGAGGGCUUGAGCUGGCUGGGGACGGGUCGCCGUGGUUGCGGAUCCUAACCUCGGUGGUCUACUUCGCGGUGGCCACAGCCGGCGUGGUGGGAAACCUGCUCGUGUUAUUCCUGCUCUACUCCACGCGCACCAUCACCACGGGCACCAUCAACUUUUUUGUCUUCAACCUGGCUGUGGCGCACCUCCUGUUCUCCCUGGCGCUGCCCUUUUGGGCAAUGGACAUCGCGCUGGACUACAGCUGGCCCUUUGGCGUGGUUAUGUGCAAAGCCGUGUCGCUGCUCACGGGGCUCAACGUGUUCGCCAGCUGCUUCUUCCUCACCGCCAUGAGCUUGACACGCUACUGCUACGUGGCCACUGCACUCAAGCCCAGGGCUUCCCCUUGCGGCGAAUACUGCACCUCCCCAGCGGUGACGGCCCUCAUCUGGGCAGCGGCCCUGGUGGCGGCGAUGCCCCGGGCCGUGUUCGCCGACAUGCGUCACGUGGGAAGCGGCAACGACACGGCGUGCCUUCUCCGGUUCCCGGACGGCACCGCCUGGUUGGGGAUAAACCAGCUCCUGCGUGUGGUUUUGGGGUUCCUUCUGCCGUACGCCACCAUCAUCUUGUCGUACCUGCUCCUGCUACGCUUUCUCUGUCGCCACAAGCUGAAGGGCGGCAACUCCCGACGGAAGGCUGAUAUCUCCAAGUCGGUGGCGGUAGUGGUGCUGUCCUUCUGCGCCUGCUGGUUUCCAUACAACAUCCUCACGCUGUGGAGCGUCCUGAUCCAACUGGACAUAGUCGACAUCAGCCCCUCCUUCUAUGGGGCGCAGACCUACUUCUUCCCCCUGGCUAACUGUCUGGCCUUCACCAGUAGCUGCUUCAACCCGGUCAUCUACUGCCUGGUCCGCAAGGAGUAUCGAGUGGCCCUGCACAACGUCUUUUUCAAGUUGAGCCUGGCCAUCAUGUCCAAGAUGCCUUACGCCGUCAACACAGACGAGGGCUCGGAACAAGCGGGCCAGAUGGCCAUUCCCCUGAGCAACAUGCCCAGCCAGACAAGCCAAUCGGACUCGAGGCGAUACGCACACUUGUCAACACUCCCGACGGUGGUCUCAACUUUGUAGAGACAGUUAGCACUGCGGUUAACACGUUGGCGUCAGAGAUUCUUGGUUUGAAGACACAAAAUGGGGGAAACCAGUAUAUGAAAUGGCUGGCGGCUAGCACAGGAAGCUAAUGUAGAUGUUCAAAAUACAAUUUCCCUAUUGUAAUCAAUUAUACUGGGACUCAGAUAUCAAAAAGCCACACGGUUGACCCCACUGCAUUUCAGAGGUUCAAAUCAAAUCUUCCUGGAUUGGCUCCAGCUGAUUCAUGACCCAAACAAGGACAAGUGGAUCCAGAACAAACAAACAAACUUGAACUUUUCAU